CAUGCAACUGCACUAAACAUAGAUUGUUACCGGCAAAUCGCACCAUUCCACAAUCGAUUCUUGCAUCCCAUGGACAUCCCUGACGAAAUGCAUGUCGUUUUGGCUAUAGUUUUUUCCCUUCUAGCGCUCCGCAUCGUUAACAAACUUGUCAAAUCUGACAACAAAACGGCCACCGGAAGCCGAACCCUGGAACUGCCCGGGGCAUGGCCUCUGGUAGGCCACCUCCACCUCCUCUGGGGCCCGGGGCCGGCCUUUCGGAAGCUCGGGGCAAUGGCCGAUGCGCUUGGGCCGGUGUUCUCGCUCCAGCUUGGCGUCCACCGUGUGGUUGUCCUGAGCAGCCGGGAGGCCGCCAGGGAGUGCCUCACCUCAAACGACCGCGCGCUCGCCUCCAGGCCGGACAUUGCGGCUGGCCGGCACAUGGGCUACAACAGUGCCGUGCUCGGGCUCGCCCCCUACGGCCCCUACCUCCGCCUCGUCCGCAAGAUCGCCACCCUCGAGCUCUUCUCGAGCCAGCGCCUCAAGGAGCUGCGCCCGGUUAGGAGCUCCGAGGUCGACGCCCUCACUAAGGAGCUGUGGCAUCAACCCGCCAGCAGCGGAGUGGCGAUCGGCGAGAAGUUGGAGCACAUGACGUUCAACAUGAACCUGAGGAUAAUAACCGGGAACAGGUACAAGGACGAGGAGUUCGAGGAGGUCGGGUCAGACGCGUGGAGGUUCAAGAAAGCGAUCAACAAGGCGUUGCAUCUUUGCGGGGUGUUCGUGCUCUCGGACGCGAUUCCGUGGCUGGAGUGGCUUGAUUUUCAGGGGCACGUGAGGUCCAUGAAAGAGACGGGCCGUGAGCUAGACUCUGUGCUCGAGAAGUGGCUGCGACAGCACCUUGAGAAGAGGUCAAACAAAGGGAUCCAUGUUGAUGGUGGUGACGCCGAUUUCAUGGACCUUCUGUUGGAGAGCCUGCCCGAAGACGAUGUGGUGUUAGGCCACGAGCGUAAGGACAUAAUCAAAGCCACAGCUUUGAUCCUGAUAAUGACUGGGACAGAGAGCACAUCCAUCACAAUGACAUGGGCACUCUCGCUCCUCCUCAACCACCCAGCCGCUCUCAAAUCCGCCCAGCAGGAGCUCGACACCGUCAUCGGACGAGAAAAAUGGGUCCAAGAGUCCGACAUUAGCAAUCUCAAAUACGUCCAAGCCAUUGUCAAAGAGACCCUCCGCUUAUACCCGCCAGCUCCUCUGACGGGGAUCAGAGAAGCCAUGGAGGACUGUUACAUCAGCGGCUGUCACGUUCCUAAGGGCACUCGAGUGCUCAUCAACAUUUGGAAGUUACAAAGAGACCCUCGGGUCUGGCCGGAGCCUGACGCGUUCCUGCCGGAGCGAUUCUUGGAGGAGCACAAGGAAGUAGACCUGAGAGCUAAGAACUUCGAGUUUAUUCCGUUCAGUUCGGGCAGGAGGUCUUGCCCGGGGGCCACACUGGGGUUGCAGGUGGUUGAAUUCACGCUGGCCCGGAUCCUUCAAGGAUUCGAGGUGACACUGGCUGAGGGGGCAAGGGUGGACAUGGAGGAAGGGCCCGGCAUUGCCCUGCCCAAGGUGAACCCGCUCCGAGUUGCGCUGCAGCCACGCCUUCCGCUUCAUCUAUUCGAGGGCCUCUAAGUGGAGGGAAGGGGAUAAUAUGACCGGAGCUCUUUUUUAUGAAUACCUUCCUAGCUGUAUUGUUAUCAUUUAGUACUUCAAUGUAAUGGAUGAAAGUGGUUCUCUUUCCUUUUUCCUCUUUUUUUCUUUUUAAUCUACGAAAUGUGUAAUGAAUAAUGGAUUAAAUAAAAAGGAUUCUGUUAAACACUUCAUUAGAAGUAUUAA